CGGGCACUCGGCGCGGCUCCGCCCUCGGCGCCGGUCACGUGGGGGCGCCGGCUGCGCCUGCGGAGAAGCGGUGGCCGCCGAGCGGGAUCUGUGCGGGGAGCCGGAAAUGGUUGUGGACUACGUCUGUGCGGCUGCGUGGGGCUCGGCCGCGCGGACUGAAGGAGACUGAAGGCCCUCGGAUGCCCAGAACCUGUAGGCCGCACCGUGGACCUAUUCUUUACAGAGGGGGUGCUGGGGGGACCCUGAUGUGGCACCAAAUGAAAUGAACAAAGCUCCACAGCCCACAGGCCCCCCGCCCACCCCAUCCCCUGGACUCCCACAGCUUGGGUUUCGGCCCCACCCGGCCUUCCCCUCUUGCUGAACUCUGGUCUCCCCCUUCAGCCAGCGUUUCCCCCGGGGCAGACUGCACCGGUGGUGUUCAGUACGCCACAAGCGACACAAAUGAACACGCCUUCUCAGCCCCGCCAGGGAGGAUUCAGGUCUCUGCAGCACUUCUACCCUGGCCGGGCCCAGCCCCCCAGCAGUGCAGCCUCCCGAGUGCAGAGUGCAGCCCCUGCCCGUCCUGGCCCAGCUGCCCAUGUCUACCCUGCUGGAUCCCAAGUAAUGAUGAUCCCUUCCCAGAUCUCCUACUCAGCCUCCCAGGGGGCCUACUACAUCCCUGGACAGGGGCGUUCCACAUAUGUUGUCCCGACACAGCAGUACCCAGUGCAGCCAGGAGCCCCAAGCUUCUUUCCGGGUGCAAGCCCUACUGAGUUUGGGACAUACGCUGGCGCCUACUACCCAGCCCAAGGUGUGCAGCAGUUUCCUGCUGGCGUUGCCCCUGCCCCAGUUUUGAUGAAUCAGCCACCCCAGAUUGCUCCUAAGAGGGAACGAAAGCCGAUCCGAAUUCGAGAUCCAAACCAAGGAGGGAAAGAUAUCACGGAGGAGAUCAUGUCUGGGGCUCGAACUGCCUCCACACCCACACCUCCCCAGACGGGAGGCGGUCUGGAGCCUCAAGCUAAUGGGGAGACGCCCCAGGUUGCUGUCAUUGUCCGGCCAGAUGACCGGCCCCAGGGAGCACUCGCGGGCCGGCCAGGACUUCCUGGCCCAGAGCACAGCCCUUCAGAGUCCCAGCCCUCAUCACCCUCUCCAACCCCAUCACCGCCUCCAGUCUUGGAACCUGGAUCUGAGCCUAAUCUCGGAGUCCUCUCUCUUCCUGGGGACACUGUGUCAACGGGGAUGCUACAAAUGUCUGUAGAAGAAUCAACUCCCAUCUCCCAUGAAACUGAGGAGCCAUAUUGCCUCUCUCCAGAACCCACUCCUCUUGCCGAACCCAUACUGGAAGUAGAAGUGACACUUAGCAAACCGAUUCCAGAAUCUGAGUUCUCUUCCAGUCCGCUACAGAUUCCCAACCCCCUGGAAUCUCACAAGGUGGAAGUUCCCGAGGCUAAUGGCCUAGUGCCAUCUGAGGAGCUGGAACCAGAGGGGGAGUCAAGCCCAGAGCUUGCCCUUCCUCCGCCAGCGGCUUGCCCCACAGAUUCCUCUGAGCCUGUUGCUCCGACUGCUCAGCCUGAGGAACUGCUCAAUGGGGCCCCCUCACCGCCAGCUGUGGACUUGAGCCCAGUCAGUGAGCCCGAGGAGCAGGCUAAGGAGGUCCCUGCGCUUUUGGCUGCCCUGGCCACCGUUUCUUCCACUCCAUCUGGGACUCCCCCAGCUGCUUCCCCUCCUCAGGAGGAGGAGAUAGAGGAGGAAGAGGAGGAGGAGGAGGAGGAAGAAGGAAGAGAAGCUGAAGCUGAGAAUGAAAAGGGAGGGGAAGACCUGCUCUCCUCAGAGAGCACCCCCACCCCAGCUCACUCGUCCCCGAAUUUGGAGGCAGCAGCAGCCACCCAAGUGGCAGUAUCUGUGCCAAAGAGGAGACGGAAAAUUAAGGAGCUAAAUAAAAAGGAGGCUGUGGGAGACCUCCUUGAUGCCUUCAAAGAGGUGAACCCAGCAGUACCAGAGGUGGAGAAUCAACCUCCUGUGGGCAAUAAUCCAGGCCCAGAGUCAGAGGGCAGCAGUGUGCCCCCAAGGCCCGAGGAAACCGAGGAGACCUGGGACUCCAAGGAAGACAAAAUCCACAAUGCUGAGAACAUUCAGCCCGGGGAACAGAAGUACGACUACAAGUCAGAUCAGUGGAAGCCGCUAAACCUUGAGGAGAAAAAGCGUUACGACCGUGAGUUCCUGCUUGGCUUUCAGUUCAUCUUUGCCAGUAUGCAGAAGCCGGAGGGCUUGCCCCAUAUCACUGAUGUGGUGCUGGACAAGGCCAAUAAGACACCCCUGCGGCCACUGGAUCCCUCAAGACUGCCUGGCAUAAACUGUGGUCCCGACUUCACUCCUUCUUUUGCCAACCUUGGCCGACCAGCCCUUAGUCGUGGGCCCCCAAGGGGUGGGCCAGGUGGGGAGCUGCCCCGAGGGCCGCAGGCUGGCUUGGGACCUAGGCGUUCUCAGCAGGGCCCCCGAAAAGAACCACGCAAGAUCAUUGCCACAGUGUUAAUGACUGAAGAUAUAAAACUGAACAAAGCGGAGAAGGCCUGGAAACCCAGCAGCAAGCGGACAGCGGCCGAUAAGGAAAGGGGAGAGGAGGAUGCUGAUGGCACCAAAACACAGGACCUGUUCCGCAGGGUGCGAUCCAUCCUGAAUAAGCUCACGCCUCAGAUGUUCCAGCAGCUGAUGAAGCAAGUGACACAGCUGGCCAUCGACACUGAGGAACGCCUGAAAGGGGUCAUUGACCUCAUCUUUGAGAAGGCCAUUUCUGAGCCCAACUUCUCUGUGGCCUACGCCAACAUGUGCCGCUGCCUCAUGACGCUGAAAGUGCCCACUACAGAAAAGCCAACAGUGACUGUUAACUUCCGAAAACUGUUGUUGAAUCGAUGUCAGAAAGAGUUUGAAAAAGAUAAAGAUGAUGAUGAAGUUUUUGAAAAAAAGCAAAAAGAGAUGGAUGAAGCUGCUACGGCAGAGGAGCGGGGACGCCUAAAGGAGGAGUUAGAAGAGGCUCGGGACACUGCCCGACGGCGCUCCUUAGGGAACAUCAAGUUUAUUGGCGAGUUGUUUAAGCUCAAGAUGUUAACCGAGGCAAUUAUGCAUGACUGUGUGGUCAAACUACUUAAGAACCACGAUGAGGAGUCCUUGGAAUGCCUCUGUCGCCUGCUUACCACCAUUGGCAAAGACCUGGACUUUGCAAAAGCCAAGCCCCGAAUGGAUCAGUAUUUCAACCAGAUGGAAAAAAUCAUCAAAGAAAAGAAGACAUCAUCUCGCAUCCGCUUUAUGCUACAGGAUGUGCUGGAUCUACGACAGAGCAAUUGGGUGCCACGCCGUGGAGAUCAGGGCCCCAAAACCAUUGACCAGAUCCACAAGGAGGCCGAGAUGGAGGAGCAUCGGGAACAUAUCAAAGUGCAGCAGCUCAUGGCCAAGGGCAGUGACAAGCGUCGCGGUGGCCCCCCAGGCCCACCCAUUAGUCGUGGUCUUCCACUUGUGGAUGAUGGUGGCUGGAACACGGUCCCCAUCAGCAAAGGCAGCCGCCCCAUCGACACCUCACGACUCACUAAGAUCACAAAGCCUGGCUCCAUUGAUUCUAACAACCAGCUCUUUGCACCAGGAGGGCGACUGAGCUGGGGCAAGGGUAGCAGUGGGGGCUCAGGAGCCAAGCCCUCAGAUGCAGCAUCAGAAUCUGCUCGUCCAGCUACUAGUACCUUGAAUCGCUUCUCAGCCCUUCAACAAGCAGUACCUACAGAGAGCACAGAUAACAGACGUGUAGUGCAGAGGAGUAGCUUGAGCCGGGAACGAGGUGAGAAAGCUGGGGACCGGGGAGACCGAGUAGAGCGGAGUGAACGGGGUGGUGACCGCGGUGACCGAUCUGAUCGUGCACGGACACCUGCCACCAAGAGAAGCUUCAGCAAGGAAGUGGAGGAGCGGAGUAGAGAGCGGCCUUCCCAGCUUGAGGGACUGCGUAAGGCGGCAAGCCUCACCGAGGACCGGGACCGGGGCCGGGACACUGUGAAGCGGGAAGCCGCGCUCCCCCCAGUGAGCCCCCUGAAGGCUGCACUCUCCGAGGAAGAGCUGGAGAAGAAGUCCAAGGCCAUCAUCGAGGAGUAUCUCCAUCUCAAUGACAUGAAGGAAGCAGUGCAGUGUGUACAGGAGCUGGCCUCGCCCUCCCUGCUCUUCAUCUUUGUGCGGCACGGUGUCGAGUCCACGCUGGAACGCAGCACCAUCGCUCGAGAGCACAUGGGGAGGCUGCUGCAUAGGCUGCUGUGUUCCGGGCUCCUCUCCACUGCCCAGUACUACCGAGGGCUGUAUGAAAUCCUGGAAUUGGCUGAGGACAUGGAGAUUGAUGUCCCCCACGUGUGGCUUUACCUAGCAGAACUGGUCACACCCAUGCUGCAGGAAGGUGGAGUGCCCAUGGGCGAACUGUUCAGGGAGAUUACAAAACCUUUGAGACCCUUGGGCAAAGCUGCUUCCCUCUUGUUGGAGAUCCUGGGCCUCCUAUGCAAAAGCAUGGGUCCCAAGAAGGUGGGGAUGCUAUGGCGAGAGGCUGAGCUCAGCUGGAAGGAAUUUCUGCCCGAAGGCCAAGACGUUAAUGCAUUUGUUGCUAAACAGAAUGUGGAGUACACCCUGGGAGAGGAGUCAGAUGCCCCUGGGCAGAGGGCACUCCCUUUAGAGGAGCUGAGCAAGCAGCUGGAGAAGCUGCUGCAGGAGGGCAGCAGUAAUCAGCGGGUGUUUGACUGGAUAGAGGCCAAUCUGAGUGAGCAGCAGACAGCAUCCAACACAUUAGUUCGAGCCCUCAUGACAGCUGUCUGCUAUUCUGCAAUUAUCUUUGAGACCCCUCUCCGAGUGGAUGUUGCGGUGCUGAAAGCGCGAGCUCGACUGCUACAGAAAUACCUGUGUGAUGAACAGAAGGAGCUGCAAGCGCUCUAUGCCCUCCAGGCCCUUGUAGUGACACUAGAGCAACCCCCCAACUUGCUUCGGAUGUUCUUCGAUGCGCUGUAUGACGAGGACGUGGUGAAGGAGGAAGCAUUCUACAGUUGGGAGAGCAGCAAGGACCCCGCCGAGCAGCAGGGCAAGGGCGUGGCCCUGAAGUCGGUCACAGCCUUCUUCAACUGGCUCCGGGAGGCAGAGGAGGAAUCUGACCACAACUGAGGGCGGGUGGGGCUGGGGACUUGAGCCCCAUGGACGCGCUGAUGGCCCGGCCAGCCGCCUGGACUGCAGGGGCGGCAGCAGUGGCGGUGGCAGCAGGUGCCUGUAGUGCGAUGUGUCUGAGCUAAUAAAGUGGCUGAAGAGGCAGGAUGGCUUGGGGCUGCUGGGGCCCCCUCCAAGAUGCUGCCAGGUGUCCCUCUCUUUCCCCUGGGGGCACAGAGAUAUAUUAUAUAUAAAGUCUUGAAAUUUGGUGUGUCUUGAGGGGGGGCACUGCUGCCUGCCCCUGAGGUCCUUUUUUAUUUUCUGAAAAUCACUCUUGGGACUGCCGUCCUCGCUGCUGGGGGCAUAUAUGCCCCAGCCCCUGCACCACCCCUGCUGCUGCCUGGGCAGGGGGAAGGGGGGGCACGGUGCCUGUAAUUAUUAAACAUGAAUUCAAUUAA